GAGACAGAGACAGAGAGACGGAGACAGAGAGACGGAGAGACAGAGAGACAGAGAGACAGAGAGACGGAGAGACAGAGAGACGGAGGUUCUGACGGUUCUGCUCGCUGGACAUUUGUGGAUCAUGUUGGAACUGAAACCAGCGGUUCUGCUGCUGCUGCUGCACGGCUGCCUCGCUCAACACGUGUUCCUGACCAAUCAGAGGGCCUCCCAGGUUCUGGUCCGGAGCCGUCGGGCCAAUCAGAUGUUUGAGGAGCUGAAACCAGGGAACCUGGAGAGAGAGUGUGUGGAGGAAAUCUGUGACCACGAAGAAGCCAGAGAAGUGUUUGAACAGACGGAUAAAACAGAGAAAUUCUGGACCAAGUAUCUGGACUGUAAAGGAGUCCGGACCUUGAGAACCAGAGAGAGCAUCAACAUUAUCCGAGAGUGUAUCAAAGGUCAGUGUAUUUCAGGUACAGGAGUAAUCUAUGAAGGAAACGUCAACAUCACCCGAUCAGGAAGAGAGUGUCAGCACUGGAGGCACAGCUUCCCACAUCCCAUAAUGAGGGAGUUCAACACGUCAGCUCCUAACAGCAUCCUUCAUGAGAACUUCUGUAGGAACCCAGACAACCGUCCAGGGGGCCCGUGGUGCUUCACCAAAGACCCCACGGUCCAGAAAGAGGCAUGCAAGGUCCCCAUAUGUGGUAAGCCGUUUGUCCCGCCCACUGUAGCCCCAGAACCAAUCAAAACAGGCGAGUGUUUAUCCAGCUAUGGCAUCAACUACGUGGGCGACCUGGCCGUCACUUUGGGCGGCCACACCUGUAUGCAGUGGUCGUCGCCAGCAGCGAAGGCCCUCAGCGCCGACAAGGAGUUCAUCCCUGAGGUCAGUCUCCCCGGCAACAAGUGCCGUAACCCUGACAACGACCCCGAGGGCCCCUGGUGCUACGUGGAGGUUUUGGGAAACGUGACGAUCGACUACUGCGACCUGCAGCUGUGUGAGGAAGCGUUGGAUGAUGAUUCUGUGACAUCAGAGACCGGGGGACAGCAGCGCUCCGUCCUGACCAACAGGAAGUCAUUCUUCCAGCCUCGAACCUUCGGCCAAGGAGAGAGUGUGUGCGGCGAGCGGCCUCUGUUUGAGAAGAUUAAGAAAGUAGACGGUAAGGAGGCGGAGCUUCUGGAGUCGUACCAGGAGAAACGCAUCGUCGGGGGCGACGGCGCCGAGGUGGCCUCGGCACCAUGGCAGGUGAUGCUGUAUAAGCGCAGCCCUCAGGAGCUGCUGUGCGGAGCGAGUCUGAUCAGCGACCAAUGGAUCCUCACCGCCGCACACUGCAUCCUCUACCCGCCCUGGAACAAGAACUUCACCGCCAACGACAUCCUGGUCCGCCUCGGGAAACACGACCGGGCCGCGUUUGAGCGCGGCCAGGAGAAGAUCGUGGCCAUCAGCGAGAUCAUCGUCCACCCAAAGUACAACUGGAAGGAGAAUCUGAACCGUGACAUCGCUCUGCUGCACCUGAGGCGGCCGGUGGAGUUCACCGACCGGAUCCACCCGAUCUGCCUGCCCAGCAAGAAGGUCGCCAACACCCUGAUGACGGCGGGGUAUAAAGGGCGAGUGACCGGCUGGGGGAACCUGAAGGAAACCUACAGCCCCUCGGCCAGAAACCUGCCCAAAGUGCUGCAGCAGAUCCAUCUACCGAUCGUAGAGCCGGACAUCUGCCGAAGCUCCACGGCCGUCAAGACCACCGACAACAUGUUCUGUGCCGGUUAUAAACCUGAGGACGCCCAACGUGGAGACGCCUGCGAGGGAGACAGUGGCGGACCGUUUGUGAUGAAGUACCCGGCAGAGAACCGCUGGUACCAGAUCGGCAUCGUGUCGUGGGGCGAAGGCUGCGACCGCGACGGAAAGUACGGCUUCUACACGCACGUGUUCAGGAUGCGCAAGUGGAUGAACAAGGUCAUCGACAACACGGGAGGAAACGACGACGAAAGCUAGACUCAAUGUUGAGAAUCUAAUAAAGUUUGUCCUCAUCCUACAACGCUUA